UAAUUUUGGGGCUCAUCCACGUCCGUCUGCAAGCACCGCGCUGCUCCCAGAGCUGCUCCUUCCCCCUCCCCAGCACCACGAUUACCCAAUUCCCCUAAAAAAAAAAGCUGAUUUUAAGCCUGGGCUCAGCCAAGCUGGGGCAAAUCGUGCUCAGACAGUGCUGCCUUUUUGGGGCAGAAAACGAGAUCCUCUGCAGUGCUGGGGGCUCCUUGGGGCGCAUCCACUCCGGCUGCACCUUCCUGGUGGAUGGAUGGACGGACGGACAGACGGAUGGAUGGACGGAUGGAUGCAGUCUCCCGGAGCCGUUUGUUCCGUUGCCAUGAGAACCGGCGCUGCCGCACCGAGGGACGGGGAUGGAGCCACCCGCAUCCACAGCAGCCUCGGCUCUGCCUUUCCCCAGCCGGGGGGCUCCCCAAAACCCCCCCUUGCCCAGCCCCUCCAGGCUUCCCAGUGAGAUCCAGCAGCUCCCCGUCCCUCGGAUGCGUCCGGGUGCUCCCAGGCAGGGCUCUCCCUCUGGUGGGGGCUACAAAUGGGGCUGAGCCCGGCUCUCGGCCGGUCUGCGGCUAGGGGGAAGCGCUGCGGUUGUUUAAAUGGGAAUAAAACGUGUUAAAUGGGAACGAAAUGUGGGCAGGAGGAGCUCACCUCUGCUCCUGGGCCCUCCCCAGCUCUGGGCUGGGUUCCUCCACCCCGCGGGUCCCUGCGCCCUCCUUGCCAGGCUCCAUCCCGAGGGCUCUGCCUGAAAAUUGGCCGUUUUUUAGCAGCUCUCGGGGCCUCUGAGCCGGGUCCUGGGGGUCUCGCAGCUCUCCUGCCUGUUUGGGGGAAGCUUCGGGGCACCCCAGGUGUCGCUUUGCUUAUCCACGAGCGCUGCCAAAGCACCGCAGCUCCAUACCCCUGAGAGCAGGGCGGUGGGGCUGGGGACCGUCACCCUCCCCGGGCUCGGGGUGCUCUGGUGAGGAGGAAGGGAUCGGGAUGGGGCUCGGUCCCUGGGUGCUGACUUUCUUUCCCCGUGCCCACAGGUCCGUGGCGAGCCCGCCGGCAGCUGGGGCUGGCGCCGGGGAGCCGGUGGCAGGUCCCCCCCCCGCCCGCUGCGCACCCCCUCUCCAUGCGAGCCGCGGCCAAAUGGAUGCGAUCGCGAGCGGCGGCCUCAAGAGGAAGUUCGAGGACGCGGACGUGGGCUCCCCGGCCUCCAACUCGGACGAUGAAAUCUCCAACAGCGACAGCGCCGACAGCUGCGACAGCGUCAACCCCUCCAGCUCCACCGGCUUCAUCCCCACCUCCAUCCUGAAGAGGCAGAAGCAGCUGCGCAGGAAGAAUGUGCGCUUCGACCAGGUGACGGUGUACUACUUCGCCCGGCGCCAGGGCUUCACCAGCGUGCCCAGCCAGGGCGGCAGCUCCCUGGGCAUGGCGCAGCGCCACAACUCGGUGCGCCGCUACACGCUCUGCGAGUUCGCCCAGGAGCAGGAGGUGAACCACCGGGAGAUCCUGCGGGAGCACCUCAAGGAGGAGAAGCUCCACGCCAAGAAAAUGAAGCUCACCAAGAACGGCACGGUGGAGUCCGAGGAGGCGGAGGGGCUGACGCUGGAGGACGUCUCGGACGACGACAUCGACGUGGAGAACGUGGAGGUGGACGACUACUUCUUCCUGCAGCCCCUGCCCACCAAGCGGCGCCGGGCGCUGCUCCGCGCCUCCGGCGUGCACCGCAUCGACGCCGAGGAGAAGCAGGAGCUGCGAGCCAUCCGCCUCUCGCGGGAGGAGUGCGGCUGCGACUGCCGCCUCUACUGCGACCCCGAGGCCUGCGCCUGCAGCCAGGCGGGCAUCAAAUGCCAGGUGGACCGCAUGUCCUUCCCCUGCGGCUGCUCGCGGGACGGCUGCGGGAACAUGGCCGGCCGCAUCGAGUUCAACCCCAUCCGCGUGCGGACUCACUACCUCCACACCAUCAUGAAGCUGGAGCUGGAGAACAAGCGCCAGGGAGCCCGGCCCGCCGAGGAGGAGGCGGUGGCGGCAGCGGUGGCGGCAGCGCAGGGCUCCGGCAGCGCCUGGCCGGGGACGCAGCCCCCGGAGACGCAGGACUUCCAGGAGUUCAUGGCGGAGAACGAGACGGCCGUCAUGCACCUGCAGACGGCGGAGGAGCUGGAGAGGCUGAAGGCCGAGGAAGACUCGAGCAGCAGCUCCGGCGUGGAGAGCUUGGGCGUCUGCAUCCUGGAGGAGCCCCUGGCCGUGCCGGAGGGUUUGUGCCCCGGCCUCGCCGCCCCCAUCCUCAUCCAAGCGCAGCUGCCGCCGGGUUCCUCCGUCCUCUGCUUUGCCGACGGCGCCGAGCAGGCGGCUGCGGCGGGCAACCAGCCCUACCUGAACGGUGGCCCCGUGGUCUACUACCAGGUGGAGCAGCGCUCCGUGCUGGGCACCAAGGGCGAGAGCGGCCCCGAGGAGCUGGAGGUGCCCCCGACGUACCCGAGCGAGAAGGACCUGGGCGUCAUCUCCGUCCCCGUGGCGUCGCUGGUGACUUGCGGCCGCGCCGCCGCUGCUCCGAGCAAGGGAGAAGCGGCAAAAGCCCCGGCUCCGGAGGCUGCAGCCCCGGGCGAGGGCUGCCGUGGGGCCCCCGCCGCCCCCUUUGGCACAAACUCUCCGUCCCCUGCACCCGAGCAAGCCCCGGAGCACGCACGGGAGCCGCCCGCCGCCGAGGAGCGCGCGCUGGGAGCCGCCCUGCCCGUCUGAGCAGCGGCGGGCGCCCCUUCCUCUAUUUAUUGACGGUUUUUGACGGACCAGCAGUGGCCACGUGAGGUUAUUUAAUUGGGGGGGGUGGGAGGGGCGCGGGGCUGCUUUGUACAGGGGGUUUUAGACGGACCCAGGCGGGUGCUGUGCGGAGGUGGCUCCUCGCGCUUGGCGCUGGGCGCGCUCCCCGGGACCACGGCGCGGAGCAGCGGACUCGAGGCCCCCGCGCUUGGCUGCUUCCAGGUGGCAGCGGCCCCGCUGCUCCCCCCCCCCAUCCCCAGCCCAGCAGGGACGGUUUUGGGGGACGGUUUUGGGGCCCGGCCACCGCCCGCGGCUGCUCGGUUGCCGUCCGCAUGCGCACGCAGCCUCCUGCUCCCCCCCCCCCGUCCUCUGCAGCUCCCCGCUGCAGCGCCCGCCUGGGCACCUUUCUCCCCUUUUAACCAGAAGACGCCGUUUUUAGUUUUUUUUUUUUUUUUAAUGUGUUGAAUGUUUACGGGGGCUGGGCCGCAGCCAAGCAGCUCUCCGGGGGCCGCGCUGCCCCCCUCGCACCCCAGCAGGGACGGGGCGGUGAAGACCCCGCACCGCUGGGAGGGGGCCCGAACCCCCCCUUCAGCUGCACAGCACGGGGCGAGGACGGCCCCCGGCCCCCCCCAGAAGGUUUUUUUUUUUGGUUCCUCACCUCGUUGCUUUUAUCGACGCCGCGGGGGCAGCGUGGCAGGAGGAGAGCCCGGUCCGGCCACCAGCUCCGUCCGUCCUGCAGGAGGGGCAGAGGCGAGCGCGUCCCCUCCAUCCCCUCGGCGGGUGGUGAAAGCACUUUGCAGCCCCCCCCUCGGGGCUUCGUUCCUUCGAGCUCCUCGCCCCAAACCCCGUGGGGCGUUUGGCAGGUGGGGGGGGGCAGGACCCAGCGUUUUCCAGCUGUCCCCCGGGGCUGCUCCCCAGCCGGGGGGGGGGGCACGAUGCCAUCCCAGCUCGGGAUGGGCCCCCCCAGGAGCUCGGCGCUGCUCCAGCCCCAGCCACCCUUCGAGCACCCCCUGCCCGAGGGGCGCCAUCCCCUGACCCCCCCGUUGGGCACAGACGGACUCCAGCUGAGCAAACCUCGCAGCGAGGGGGAGAAGAG